AUGGCUUCUACCACAGUCAACGCCGCAUGCGCUUGCAAAUCAUUCGAGUAUCAAAUACAGUAUCCACAGUCGUCUCUCCCAAUCGAUCGUGCCCUCUGCAUCUGCAACCGGUGCAGAAAGAAUUCGGGCUCAUGUGGCCAAUCCCACAUUCCUAUACCUCCGGAUCAUAUUGUUGAUCCAUCGAGAUACCAAUUGACGAAGUAUGCCAUUACGGAAAAUCAUGACCGAUACUUCUGCUCCACAUGUGGUGCACAUGUCCUUACACAAGUGAAGGCUGCUAAGAGAUGGUCCAUCACCACAGGUGUGUUAGAAUCUACUGAGGGUAUCGUGAAUUGGACGGGUUGCAAGUACACCGAAGGGUCACUCGAUGGUGGGAUUUCGAUUUGGUUAAAAGAUAUCGUGGGUAGAGACGGGAAUGUAAAACCACUUAAGAGUUGGGCUGGCCAAGACGACGAACCUCCAAUAACAGAUGGGAGCUUAACGCAAACUACUUCAAUAAAGCCUGAAAUUAGCACGGAUGCAAGACUUACAGCCGCGUGCCACUGUGGUGGAGUGAAGUUCAGCAUCAGCAGACCCGACGAAGGCUCUAAAGCAGCAGUAUCAUCAUUUCCAGAUUUGAUGUAUCCCUUCCACGAGAAAAAAGAAGCAAAUCCAAACAAUGAGAGCUGGUGGUUACGAGCCAAUGACAAGAAAUACGUAGCAGGCUUGUGCGCCUGCCCAUCAUGUCGUUUCAACUCUGGAUACGAAAUCCAGCCUUGGGCAUUCGUACCGAAAUGCAAUUUACUCAAAGAAAACGGCAAAAUUCUUGACUUCAACAUUGGCACGCUGAAGAGGUACUCAUCGUCAGCAGGUGUUAUGCGUGAGUUCUGCAGUGUCUGUGGAGCGACUGUAUUCUGGCACAACGAUGCCAGACCGAGCGUGAUCGACGUGAGUGUGGGAUUACUGGACCCCGAGGAAGGUGCAAGAGCGGAAGGCUGGUUGGACUGGUGGACUGAGAGGGUAAGCUUUCAGGAACUAGCUGUAAGUACUAGUCUCAUUGCUAGUUUGGAAAGAGGAUUGAGAAUCUGGGGACGGGAAGAAGGGCUGAAAAAGGAUCGAGAGUGA